AUGCAUUUCUCCUCGGCUGUCCUUCUUACUCUCUCCUCCAUCGGUGUGACUUAUGCGGCACCUUUCGCCAACCCUGAACCGUUCGCCAAUCCCGAGGAUGACGCUCUCGUUCGCCGCGCAACUUAUUCCGUGGUCAAUGCGGAUGGAGGAACCUCUUCCACCUCGGCUACUCCUGAAAUUGAUACUGUUUAUCAAACCUCGACAGUGACUGCUCCAGGUGCUGACCCAGUGCCCGUCACUGUGACCGUGACCGCCACUCCUACAAGCAGCGUAGCUUGCUCCACUCCUACAAGCAGCGUGGCUUGCUCCUCCACUCCUGUGGCUAGCUCUACCCCGUGCUUGGACUCUUCUUCGAGCUCUACUUCUUUCUUCCGCCGGGGCUUGAGGGCCGCUGGCCAGCCUGCUCUCCUUGCUCGCGAGUAUUUGAAUCCUUCUUCUGCUUCAGCAUACGCCAGCGAGUAUCCCGCUGCCUCUGCGGCUGAGUCUGUUUAUGCUCGCCAGUGGCCUACCUCCUCUGCAGCUGCAUCCGUUUAUGCUCGUGGCUCGUACCCAUCUGCUUUCAGUGUUGGCACAUCAUCUGCGGCCGCGUCUGUUUCUGCUACUCCACUCGCCGCUCGUGGCUGGUACGCUUCUGCCUCUGGUAGCUCUUCAGUUGGCACCCCCUCUGCCUCAGCAACUCCUCUCGUGGCUCGCGGGGUCAACAACUGGUACUCUUCCGCUUCCGCCUCCCCCUCUUCUUCCAGCCGGAGCGCCUCGGUCUCUGCCGCUCCCAUUGUUGCUCGUGACUGGUCUGCCCCUCCCUCCGGCACCCCCUCCAGCUCGGCUGUGCCUACUUCGGUUGCUCCUCUGGCUGCCCGCGGCCAAUACGGCUGGUACUCUGUCGCUCCCAGUGCUUCCUCCGUUGCCACCUCUUCUGCUUCCUCCGCCCUUGUGGCUCGUCAAUUCGGCAGCUGGGCCUUCUCCAGCGUCUCCUCGCCUGUCUCCAGCACCGUCGCUGCCUCGGCCACCCCUGCAGCCCACUAA